CAUCUCUUUUUUCACUAUAAAUACAACACCUUCCUACAUUUCUCUUACUCACUCCAAAAUUAAUUAAUCACUUCCCCUAAAAGUAGUAUUAUUAGCAAGCUAUGGCCAUUUCCAAGCUUUUCGUUGCUACUUUUGUCCUCUCUUUUCUUCUUCUCCAUGUUGUUGAAGCUCACCAAGUGAUUGAGAGUAACGGUCCAAAGAGGUCCCUCCUUGGCACAAUUAAUUGCGGAGCAGCAUGUGUAGCUAGGUGCCGAUUAAGCAGACGGCCAAAUCUAUGCCACAGGGCAUGUGGAACCUGUUGUGCUCGUUGUGGGUGUGUUCCACCAGGUACUUCCGGUAACCAAGAAAUGUGCGCUUGCUACUACAACCAGACCACCCACGGUGGAAAACGCAAGUGCCCUUAAUUAAUUAAUACAAAAUUUACUACUCAACUCCUAUGUAAUUUAGUUCCUGUUUGUAUGUUUUAGUUCUUCUUUUGCCAGUGUCAAAAAAAAAAAAAAAACCCGACCUCUAAAUAUUUCAUUCUACUAUAUUUGUCAUUUGUCAUGAAUUAUAUCUUUGUCAUAUGUAUGCAAUACUAUAUUAUUGUACAUUCACUUUUGUGAAUCAUGAAUAUAAUAAAAGGGUCCUUAAUAUAUUUCUUGUAAA